GUUCUGAGCCAGAGAAUGUGCAAGCCAACCCUAAUAAUCACACCAGUAUGCUUGUGAUCUGGGAGAGACCGCGGGCCGUUUAUGACUCGAGCAUAGAGAGAUACUCAGUCACUUACCGGCCGGCCCAGGGCGAUGAUGAAUCGGCCUUAGAGUACUUGACUGAUGGAGACCAGGAUGUGGGGGCGAUCAUUCAGGACUUGGUGGCCAACACUAGUUACAUGGUGCAGGUAGUUGCUGUGUGCACCAAUGGUCUGUAUGGCAGAGUGAGUGACCAGCUGACAGUGGACAUGCCCCUGGAUGAUGCUGAAACAGACAAUGACUCCGACUCGUUUGAAUAUGAUGAAGAGGAAGACCAUCACAUCAAUCCCUUUUUGAUCAGACCUGGCACAAAUAAGCUUCCAUAUCCCUUCCAAACCACCACAACCAGCCCAAGAGUUACUAAAACAGAGCGCCCGGUCCAUCCAGUCAUUAAGACGACACCAAGGACUCAUGAAAGAAGACUCUCAGUAGAAGACUCCCAGAAGACUCAUGAUCAUUAUUUUCCAGCAGUAUACACAGAUAAACCUACUCUGAAAUACACAGACAAACCUACCAUCCCGGCAACCAUAGCCACCAGUUUUGUUGUGGAUAUACAUACCACUAAACCAGAUGGUUCUAGCAUUGUAGCAGGUGUAUCCUCAGAGUCUGAUGGCCAAAGCAAUACCUUCACAGAUUCCCCAACAAGCAUCACCCCUGAAACAAGCGUCACCCCUGAAACAAGCAGAACCCUUGAAAAAAGCAUAACCCUUAAAACAUUUGUAACAUCACCUUCGAUAUACAUUUCGGAAGUUGAGGAAGUGACUCAACCUGUAACCGACUCACACAGCUAUGGGGAGAGUUCAGUGACUGUAGCACCAUUGCCUGAAAUCCCAGUGGAAUCAACUUCCUCUACCUUCCCCCCAGAGGUCCCUCUGUGGCCUACAACUGCUAACUUGCCUUUUCCAACCACUGAUGCUUUCAGCACUGUUCUGUCGCAGACCACCCAACCAGUGUUUAAUGGUGAGAGUGCUUCGUAUGCCCCCUCUGUAUCUGACACUUUGUCCUACGUGCAUGCAAGUCCUGUGUCACCCCAUUCCUUAAGCAGUGUGUUGUCUGAGCCCAUCCCUGACUGGGACAUCCCAUACACUGUUUCCAAGCUGGUGUAUGGUGGUGCACAGUCUAUCUCCCCUUCCCCUUCCUACCCUACCCUAUUCCUCACCAGCUCUGAGUCUUAUUUAGACAUGGAGCCUGUCUCUAGUGGUGGUUGUAUUGAUGAUGAUGGUGAUGAUGAUAUUUUGUCUGGGUCCAUCUCGGCUGACCCCCAGUGUAGAAGUACUCUUCCCCUUCAAACGUUACCAGAAGUGACUGCUUCUGUGGUCUCCAUGCAGCCAAGCUCUGAACAUGACCUCUCUGAGUCCCCCAGUAUUUUCUCCAUGCUGAGCUCUUUUGCACAUCUCCAGCCUUCAGUUCCUGUCUCUAACGACUACUCUCUGAUGACAACAACCCUCGACUCUGACUCUUCUCUCUCAGGUAGUGUUGGUGACUCUAGACUGCUGACAGAGUGGGUAGAUUCAUCUAUAGUAGCUCCUACCUUUAGUCAAGACAAUGGUGCAUCUAUUGAAAUCUCUCUGCAUGCCUCUUCUAACUUCCUGCUGCCCUCCUCUACUUUGGGACUGUCCCCGUGUAGUGGUCUCUUGGGUGACCCAUCUAGUCCUGUAGAACACCAUUCGUUUCUGUCCACCUUCAGCGCCGGUACUCUUCUGUGCAGCAAAGCAGAUUUGGACCUCCGCAACGAGGCUUUUUUGUCAUCUCUUCCCAUUUUUACCAUGCCGUCUAGUGACCUCAGCAUUUCUGUUUCAGCCACCAACAGCAGCGUUGCACAAAGUACAACUGGACAGUCCCAGGGAGCACCUGUUCCUGUAAGGUCUUCAACUAUUGCGCCAACCUCUACUGCAGAAUUAAUAUUCAAACCUACUCCUGUGGUGCCCCCAACUAUUGCGCCAACCUCUGCCCCAGAAUCCAUCUCUGUGGUUGCUCCUGUGGUGCCCCCAACCGUUGCACUUUCCUCUGCUCCAGAGUCCAGUUCCAUGCCUACACACUCUGCAGAUGGACAUCUGGAGAACAGUGCCUCGGGCUGGGCUCUUGACUUAGAUUUGGGCCAGAGCUCAGCAUCAGGAGAUGAAAGUAUUGUCCCAUAUAUCACCACUGCCACUCCUACAGAGGUACCUCCUGAAGAGAAGGAUGAUGGGAACGAGGAACACUCUUCCUCCUUCUACUUUGAAGGUGAGAAUGGGAAAGAUAGUGAAACUACCGAGUUCAGAGUCACCCUACGCCCUAGCCCAUCCUGGACUCUAAGAGGAAGUGGGGAAGAGGAGAGCGGAUCAGGAGAAAACCUCACAGAUAAUGAGACCUCUUCAGACUUCAGUAUUCCAGAGCGCACUGAGAGGGAUUCAGAGGAGGAACCAGUGGAAGGUAAAACUCUCGGUUCUUGACAUCCAUUCCUGAAGGUGCUUCUUGAUUUAGACAUGCUCAGUGAAGCUUGAUCAGUGA